AAGCGCGCGGCGGAUCAUCAUUCAUUCAACACUUUGACAACCUCGCUUUUGAUUGACAGUUGGAAUGGCGGAAAGCCAAGAGACUGACUAGUUUUGUUUUAGGGUCAUUUUCAUACUGGUUUGGAAAAGAGGAUUCUUUCUCUCCUCGUCGUUGUCCUGGAGAAAGCGAGGGAGCUAUUUGCUGCGCUGUAGCCGAACUUGAGCCGGAGGUCUGGCUUGAUCGUACUCCUGAAGGAAACAUAAGGAUUUUUUUUAAAUCUCGCAUUUGGAAUUUGACCCUUUAUUUUGCUUCACCCUGGCCUCAUAGGGGAUAUAUUAUAAGUUUAAGGAAGACAGGCCGAUGGCGCAAAGGUACGAAGAUAUACACCAUUAUGCCAUGGAGGGAGUAGGAAUCCCAACUACGAUGUAUGGGGACCCACACGCGGCCAGAUCCAUGCAGGCGGUGCAUCUGAAUCACGGCCCCCUCCACUCGCACCAAUACCCGCACACUGCUCACACCAACUCCAUGCCGCCCGGCAUGGGCUCCUCCGUCAACGACGCUCUUAAACGAGAUAAAGAUUCCAUAUACGGGCACCCCCUCUUCCCCCUUCUAGCUCUGAUUUUUGAGAAAUGUGAAUUAGCAACUUGCACACCCAGAGAACCCGGGGUGGCGGGCGGCGAUGUGUGCUCCUCCGAGUCUUUCAACGAAGAUAUAGCAGUGUUUGCCAAACAGAUCCGGGCAGAAAAACCUUUAUUUUCUUCAAAUCCAGAACUCGAUAAUCUGAUGAUACAAGCAAUUCAAGUAUUAAGAUUCCAUCUUCUGGAGCUGGAGAAGGUGCACGAACUUUGUGACAAUUUCUGCCAUCGGUACAUCAGCUGCUUGAAGGGGAAAAUGCCCAUCGACCUGGUUAUCGAUGACAGAGAUGGCGGAUCAAAAUCAGACAGUGAAGAAAUCACAAGAUCGUCCGGGAACCUUGAUCAGACCUCAUGGAGCAGGGACCAUGAUGACACAGCGUCCACACGCUCCGGGGGCACUCCGGGGCCCUCCAGUGGGGGCCACACCUCGCACAGCGGGGACAACAGCAGCGAACAAGGGGAUGGCCUGGAUAACAGUGUGGCGUCACCGAGCACAGGGGACGACGACGACCCCGACAAGGAGAAGAAGCGGAACAAGAAGAGAGGAAUCUUCCCCAAAGUGGCCACCAACAUCAUGAGGGCAUGGCUCUUCCAGCACCUCACUCACCCUUACCCAUCCGAGGAGCAGAAGAAGCAGCUUGCUCAGGAUACAGGGCUGACGAUACUACAAGUCAAUAAUUGGUUCAUUAACGCAAGACGGAGAAUAGUACAGCCCAUGAUAGACCAGUCCAAUCGAGCAGUGAGCCAAGGAGCGCCCUACAACCCCGAUGGCCAGCCAAUGGGAGGCUUUGUCAUGGACGGCCAACAGCACAUGGGCAUUAGACCACCAGGGCCGAUGAGUGGGAUGGGCAUGGAGGGGCAGUGGCACUACAUGUAACCUUCUCCUCGUCAACCAAUCGCAAUGCAGAGGGGGAAGACUGCAGGGCUGCAGGGCAUGCCUCAUGGGCCUGUCUGUGGGACAGCCCGGCUACAGUCUCACUCUGCUGGGGCAGGGGCCUUGGCCCCCCAUCGCUCAGGAGUGGCCCACCCUGCCAUGCCCCUCUCAGCUCAGCCUCCAGCCCCCCCAUGCUCAGCCCCUGGAGAUCCCAGUGUGGGGCACAGCCACGCUCACUAGCUUUUAAAGGAUUUCUCCGUUUAUUACCAAUCAGAGACACUAUGAACAACAAACAUGUUGCUUUUUCCUCCGGUGGUAUCGGACAUGUACCCUCUUCAUACACUCAGGAGCUGGAUUAGGGGGACUGAUCUGGACCAAGCCAAUGCUCUGGAGCAUGGUCACAAAGA